AUGGCUCUUUUGCCUUGGUACCAGCGGCCGGACAACAGCCUGUUGAUCCUUGGCUCGAGCAUCUUCUUGCUGGCUUUUGCCAUCAGCUCGGUCGGACACUACCUGGCCUCGCUGGGGCUGGCGUUUGUGGCCGCCUCGUUGACGUUUCGCUUGAUCCCGGCGGUGUCUGAGAUGUUUAUCAAAGCCGGCCUCUCUGGCAUCGAUCUCAACAAGCAUGAAAAGCUGAAGAAGAAAGUCCCUGAAGCGAUUGGCGUGGUGGCGGCUACCAUCUACCUGAUUGUCAUUUUCCUGUACAUUCCUUUCCACUUUCGCGCCUACCUCCUGGUGGAGCAGCAAGGCACCGACGGCUUUCCCCAUGACAAGUUUGUUGCGUUUAUCUGUGGCCUUCUUUCGAUCUGCUGCAUGAUCUUCCUCGGCUUUGCCGACGACGUGCUCAACCUUGCUUGGCGUCACAAGCUGCUGCUGCCGACCCUGGCCGCCCUUCCCCUAUUGAUUGUUUACAAGGUUACUGGAGGCUCGACCACGGUCAUUCUCCCAAUUUUCGCCCGGCCCUUCCUUGGCCAUACUCUAGAUCUUGGUGUAUUGUUUUACAUUUACAUGGGCAUGCUCUCGGUCUUUUGUACAAACGCCAUCAAUAUUUUGGCUGGAGUCAAUGGGAUCGAGGCAGGCCAGAGUCUCGUCAUCGCGGUCUCUUUGGUGGUCAACAGCAUUAUCCAAAUCAUUGGGACGGAGUAUCAUGAAGGACAUCAACUCGCCCUCUGCCUCUUGAUGCCCUUCUGUGGAGUGACGGCUGCUUUGCUGUGGCACAACUGGUAUCCGAGCAAUGUCUUUGUCGGGGACACCUUCUGCUACUUUGCCGGCAUUACUUUUGCCGUGACGGGAAUUCUCGGUCACUUUAGCAAGACACUUUUGCUGUUCUUGAUGCCUCAAAUUUUCAAUUUUGUCUUCAGCGUGCCCCAACUCUUCAAGCUGAUCCCAUGCCCGCGUCAUCGGCUGCCAAAGUAUGAUCAAUCUACGGGGCUCUUGACGAUGAGUUAUGCUACCUUUGCCACAUCAAGCUUGAGCCGGCCUGGGCGUCUGGUCCUGGAUAUUGUCAGGGUGACGGGUUUGUGCCACGUGCGGCCAAAUCCCGAGCAGCCAGAGCUCACCGAUGUGAGCAACUUUACCAUCAUCAACCUGGUGAUCAAGAUGGUGGGCCCAAUCCAUGAGGAAAAGCUGACCACUUAUAUUCUCAUGCUCCAGGUGGCAUCCUCCGUCUUGGCCUUGGCCAUUCGCUAUCCAUUUGGCAACAUGUUUUUUGAUCAGCCUUUGGCAUAGCAGGAGCCGCCACAAAUGUUUUCUACUUUUCUGCGCCGACUGACUUCCAAAACCACGUUCAAAACAAUUGAUAAUUUUGUUGCGUC